AUUGAUGCUAAAGAUGAUAAGAAUGAUACUAAAAAUGAUGCAAAGAAUGAUGUUAAGGUCGAAGUUGUAGAUGGAGAUAAGAAUAAAGUAACGAAUGAUGAAGUUAUGAAUGAUAAAGUUGUGAAUGAAGUCAAGAACGAGGUUAUCAAUAAGGAUAAGAAUGAAUUUACGAACAAAGAUAAAAGUGAAGUUAUGAAUGAAAAUAAAGAUGAGGUUAUGAAUGAAAAUAAAGAUGAGGUUAUGAAUGAAGAUAAAGAUGAGGUUAUGAAUGAAAAUAAAGAUGAGGUUAUGAACAACGAUAAUAGCGAAGUUAUGAAUAAAGAUAAAGACGAGGUUAUGAAUAAAGAUAAAAGUGAAGCCAUGAAUGAAGAUAAAAGUGAAGUCAUAAACGAAGACAAAAAUGAAGUUAUGAACCAAGAUAAAAGUGAAGAUAUGAGUGAAGAUAAAGAUGAGGUUAUGAAUGAAAAUAAAAAUGAAGUCAUAAACAAAGACAAAAAUGAAGUUAUGAACGAAGAUAAAAAUGAAGUUAUGAACAAAGAUAAAGAUGAGGUUAUGAACGAAGAUAAAGAUGAGGUUAUGAACGAAGAUAAAGAUGAGGUUAUGAACGAAGAUAAAGAUGAGGUUAUGAAUGAAGAAAAAGAAAUUAUGAAUGAAGAUAAAGAUGAGAUUAUGAAUAAAGGCAAAGAGGAAGUUAUGAAUAAAGAUAAAGAAGAAGUUAUGAAUAAAGAUGAGAUUAUGAAUGAAAAUAAAGAUGAGGUUAUGAACGAAGAUAUAGAUGAAGACAUGGUUGUUGUUAUGAGAGAAUCAAGUGAAAAUAAAGACGAAAAUAAAGACGAAAAUACAAGUUACACUAAUUAUUUUAAAUGCAUUCUGAGGUAA